CAGCAGGAGGGACUAUAAAGACGGGCUUAUCCAGUGCUAGCCGGAUACAGACACAAGCUCUGCUUGUCCCCAUUGACCAAGAUGAGGACUUACCUGCUUUGGCUGUUGCCCCUAAUUCUGCUGGGAUCCUCAGCUCAGGCUCUGCAGUGUCAUGAGUGCAGUGCCGUAGGGAACUGCUACAACCCUGCAUCUUGCUACAGCAUGAGCCGCUACUGUCUGACCUCCUGGCAUGCACCCCCAGGUCAGCAAACGACUGUGACAAAAACAUGUGCAUUUACCUGUCCUGAUGUCCAUCAGAGCCAGAACAACUCCAAGGCCUCCUGCUGCAACACGGACCUCUGCAACAGCACAGUGAGCCUCCAUGCCAGCUGGGUGCUGCUGACCCUCAGCGUCUGCUUUAGCUGUCUCAGCCGAUAGACGACGCAGUUCUCCCACACAGGCUUACAAGCUGCAGAGGGAGGAGUUCGGAGCCAGGUGCCAUGCUGUGACUGGAAUGUUUCAAAGCCUUAAGGCAGGGUGCUUCUUCAACUCUAGUCAGAAGGAUCCCAAGAGUAAAUGUCGCUGGUGUACGAUCACCAUAACUGACUGACAGGACUCUGGAACUGGGCCACAGGCAGAGGCCUAGGCUGAAGGAGACCCUCACCACUGUCCAGGGUGCUGCAUGCAGAGCUUUGUCUGCAAGGGGGCAAUCACUGCUCUCCAAGCGCCGGGGCGAGGGAACCAACACCGCUGUGAGCCCGUUUCGGGGGACUGCGGUAGGCCCCUCAGGAGGCCCAGUGAACUAUUUGGGAGUUUCUUUUCACAUCCCAUGUCUCUGUCUCUCUAACAACGCCAGAGGGCCCGAGCCUGUGUGUCACCACUUCGAGAGCUGAGCUCCAGUACCUCAUUACCUGCUGAUUCGUAGCCAGCAGUGACAUUUGCUGCUUUAACCUGAGUUCAAAGACUCUUGGCAGAUGGGAAGCCUCUAAUCUGCCUGUGGGGGAAGGGCAGAUGCUGGGGCAGAUUUCACUUGAGCAAGGUGCAGGUCAGCCCUGGCAUCAGCACAGUGGUUUCAUGCAAUGCCAGCCGUGGAACUUGCAGCCCCAGGAUACCCUGUCCUGGGAUGCACCGUAAGGUUGGAGGCAGGCUUUGUCCAGCUGUGGGUGAAGCCUGAAGCAUUUCUGUUGUGGCAUAACCCUUCUGUACAUUGUGAAAAAGUGUCGCUCUCGCUGUUAAUAAAAAGUGGAUUGGCUGAUAGCUCGGUAGGAUUUCGGGGGCAGAGAGAAUGCUGGGAAGAAGGGCAGGGUUUGAGGAGUCCUGAGUCAGACGUGAAAGAAGCACAUAGAUUAAUAGACAUGGGUUGGUUUCAGCUGUAAGAGUUGGCUGGAGAUAAGCCCGGGCUAUUGGCCAGUCAUUUAUAAUUGGUA